AUGAACAUCCUUGUCGAGAGUCACUGCAUCCUAUGCCUCAGUAACAGCAACUGCUGCUGCAAGCACCAGAGCUGGGUCUAUGGAAGGCGCAUGCUGAGCCAGUCUAUGUAUUUUCAGCUCAAGAAGAAGUUAGAAAAUGAGUUUCCCAGAUGCCCAGACAUCUGCGGCGAGGGGACUCCCCAGGCCACUGUGUUUUUUGAAGUGAUGGUAGUGUUUCGGUCGUUGCUUCACUAUGAGAAAAGGGGCAAUGGCUCCAUGGACAGGGAGAGCAAGUUUCUGCAGCUGGUGGCUGCUAUCAAAGCCACAUUCAGAGCUAAGUUCCCCAAGGGCAGAGUUCAGAGACUGUGGCCCCGCCCUCUUGGCAAAUGCUUCACGACAGGAUGA